AUGUUGUUCCCCAAGUCCAAGCGGGCCUCCGCCCCUGGCUUCAAGAUUUGCUUCAAUGACAAUAGUGGCGCAGGGCACCGUAUAUUCCACCUCGAUAUCAAGGAUGUGAGAAAAUGGCGAGACGCGUUCAAGCCAAAGAGGCUUGAUACAAAAGCAGACCGAAGGCGUCAAGAUACUCGCGCAUCAAUGGGCCAAUGGGCCAUUGCCAAUAGUUCCUUCGUUAUUUGCAACCAAGAGGAUACUCCGACCCCAGAACGCGAGCCAGUGUCCAUGGACAGCGGAUCACCAUGUGAGUCCCUAAUUUUUACAAUGGAGAAAUUGGAUCUUCUCGGAGACACGAAAUGCAACGGCACGGUUGAUGUCGACAGGGUUGCAGAACGGGUCAAGACCGAAAGGAUCCUCGAAGGUACGUUGACUCCGGAUCCUGACCGAGACUAUGAAGGCGAAUUUACCCUCUUGUUCCUAUCAUUCGAAGAGGCUCAACGGGAACGACAACCAGAUAUUGUUGAUGAUGGUUCGAAAGGGUGGAAAUUUCUGCAUGGCAUUAUCACCGCAGGGCAGAGGGAUGAGCCCAGUGAACUUCCUGCUUACCAUCCCAGCCAACGAGCAUUUCUCCUUGCUCGGAAAUUCAGGGGGGCUUUCCUGGUUACCUGUUCUAUACGAAACAUUGAUGCUUGCAGCCAUGCGGAACUCCUGAAGCUCAUUUGGCAGAUGGAGAUGACCGGAUGGAAUGACAUGAUCUGUCACCGAGAAGGACGAGGAGGUCCCUUACCGUAUCGAAAGCAAGAAAAAAGCCGAAGAGUUGGAUUGGGGACGUUUUGA